AUGCGCAGGCCAGAGUUCGAGCGCAGAUUUGGACAAGAGGCAAACUCUGCCAACAAGCGAAAGUUGAAGGCUGAAAGGGUUGCCGAGCUCGGCAAAGAACGAGCAGCGAAGAAGGCUCGGAUCGAAGCCGAAGCCAAAGCCAAACAGGCUUCUUCAGCAAUCGCCCAGACUGGACGUCCUCGGGCUCCCAAGUCUAAGUCGCUGCCCCUCCCAUCUGCCGUCCUGGAGGCAGUCAGAGCUCCCGCAGAAGAUGCUUCCACCGCGCAUAUAGACGAGGACUGGGCAUCUCUCAAGGAAGACAUCCUCACUGGAUUCGAGGAGGAGUGGGACGCGGCCCCACCACCUCCUACCGCCGAGCCACGAGAAGAAAAUACCGUGGUACCACAGGGGCAGGCGCCGCCGCCUCCUCCUCCUGCGCGGAAGAACCCGAUGGGCACUUGGAAUGUCGCUGGCAGAUUUUUGUCUCAUGAGGAGCCUGCUAAAGAUUCUUUGACUGUGCACGAGGACGAGGGCUAUGGCAGUGUGUUUGAGGAUGAUGGGGAUGCGGACGCGUGA